AUGAUCAAUACGAAGUUCGCCAUGCAACAUCGUGUUCUGUGUUCUCGCACUNCCCCAGCCAUAAUGGAUAUUCCACGUGAGAGAAAUAAAGCGAAUGCAGUCAUUGAACUUAUCGAAAUACUGCAACACAGCAGAUUACUUGAUGAUGGUGUUGUGGAUCUAUCCGUUUGUGAAGAACGUUACGUGAAAACCAUUUUUGAUACUCUGCAACAUAUCAGUCUGGCAAGUGAUACACCGCAGUCUACGUAUGAACCUACGACGAUUGAGCACACGACAACAUCAUUCAAUACAACUAUUAGCCAUAGGUAUGAAACUCCCACAUUCAGACCACGCAAAACGGAGAAUUUUAAAACGGAAUUAUGUCAACGCUAUUUGAACAGUCCGAAUGGUGAGUGUAGCUACGGGGAAAAGUGCCUGUUCGCUCACGGACUGAACGAGUUACGUCUCACCCUGAGACAUCCCCGUUACAAAACGGAACAUUGUCGAAAUUUCCGUUUGCACGGGACCUGUCGAUAUGGUCCGCGUUGCACCUUCAUACACAAUGAAAACACCGAACAGAUUCAGGCCCUACAACUCCUGAACGAACUGAUUUGGGCAUUCAGAAAAUCGCAUCCGAAUAUGACAGAUGUCCGAAUCGUCGACCUGUUGGAUUGGAGCACUGAUUGUGGAACGAGUUGGGGAACCAAAGGAAUGAAAUACCGUCCUUCGUCUUAUAUGCCAGAUCUUGAACAAUUUCCCGUGCAUAAGUGGAUUGCGCGUACGCCCACUCUCCCUCUCUCUCUCUGUCCUAUUUCGAAACGGAUUUCAAUCGGGGCGUUCAAUUUAUUAUCGUAUUCGUUUACUCCUGCUGCGGGGUUCAAGAGCUAUAAUUCUAUUACCCUAACUGUCUCUACAAAACGGCACACAAGUGAUGCAUCUACUUCAGAAUUCCCCUUUGAGUUGUCAUGA